AUGGGAAAACAGAAACAACAGAAUAAGAGAAUGAAUGAUAGAAUUGUGACGUUAGAACGAGGUGUUACAUCAUGUUGUCUCAUGCUGGAAGAAAUUAAACACAUGCUCAAAAAAGAUUCUAAAACAACUAUUGCCUCACUGCGAACUCUGGUGCAUUUCUCAGCUAGACAGUCCCCCUACCCUGGAACCAGAAUUCAACGAUUCCCUGUUUUUGAUAAAUACGUGCCUUGGGAAGUAGAAUAUAUAACGUACGAUCCUUCCCUCUAUACACGACCAAUUAAAGAUUUUAACCAGGAAAUUCAAAUGUUUGUAGAUCCAGAUAUUUUAGCAAUUAAGAAAGAGAAGGAAGAAAGAAAGAAAUUAAAACCAGAUGAAUUAGAAGAAAUUGAAGAGACUCCAGAAUUUAACCCGUGGUGGAACUCACAUUGUUCAGUUGAUGUGAACGGUGAACAUAUUGAAAUAGACAGAUGUUCAUAUAUACAUGAAAACGAUCAACCAUAUCGAUAUAAAAUUGAUAAAAGUGGCCUUCCUAAAAAUCCGUUUGGUCGAACUGGUAUGCGUGGUAGAGGUAAAUUAUGGAGAUGGGGACCUAAUCACAGAAUAGCUGCCGUGGUAACGCGUUGGAAACGUAAAACAUCCCACCUUGGUCUACGUGGUGAAUUUUUAACGAUAGAAGAUAAACGUGUUUUAGAAUUUAUGGUUGUAAGAAGAGUUGAUACUAAUGAAUAUACUUUACCAGGGGGAAACGUGUAUGGUAAAAUCACCCAGUACAGUGUGAUGUGUGAGGAAUUUAUUAAAGAUAUGAUACCAGAUUCCAAGAUUAACUGUGGUAGUGGUAGACUGGAGGAGGGAGAUAUGAUAGAUGUAUGUAUUGAUAGAUAUAAGAGUAGGGGAGGGGACAUACCUAAUACUAAGAUUAACUGUGGUAGUGGUAGACUGGAGGAGGGAGAUAUGAUAGAU